AAAUAGCAGAAAAUUCAAGUGCACAGCACUGAAGUUUAAAAGAAUAAAAUACUUCAACAAAAUCCUUGAGUCAUUGUAGAAACAGAAGUGAUUUUACAGGUUAUCUGGCCUUUUGUGUGGAUGGCUUCAGAGGACAUUUCAGGAGUAGGGAAUGAAGUGGAAGUCAGCUGAAUUCUCUUGUGCUCUGCUGAGAGGAAAUGACAUUAUGUUUGUGGCGAAUGGAAGCCAUGGCAAUGUGUAACAUGGGAGGGAAAGGCACGAAUGGACCAUGUGGCGUGACUCGUUCAGACUGCAGCUCUUCUGCCUGCUCAUGGCAGUGCUGGCUGUUGUGGUGCUGGUCCAUAACUUUUUUCAGUUAGAGCACCUGGAUGAUGACACAGUUUCAGGAUCGAAUUGGAUAACAGAAAACAAUGUCCGGCAUUCUCUGUCACAGACAGACAAAACCACCAGGAAGCCUUACUGUGGGUACAUGCAGCAGACCUUGUCCAAAAGGGAACAAGCGGAGCAGGAAUCGUUGCUUGCUGCAAUACAGUGGCCAAAGCCCCCUGAUGGUAAAAUCGACUUUGCACAAAGCACUGAUCCCACACACAGUGACUUUGUGAUUGUGAAACCCAGCAGGUUCUUCAAGGUGGGUGAUCAGUUAGAGGUACUUGUUCGUAUGAAGGAUUUCCAAGGAAAACCCAAGCAGUAUGGUGGAGACUAUUUACUAGCACGAAUUCACUCUCCUGGGCUGAAAGCUGGAGCAGCAGGAAGGAUUGUAGAUUGCCAAAACGGCCUUUACAAAGUCUUCUUUACCUUGCUUUGGCCAGGAGAGGUCAAAGUUUCUGUGUCACUUGUCCAUCCAAGUGAAGCAAUCCAAGUCCUCCUGCGUUUACGAGAGGAAAGACCAGACAGAGUCUAUUUCAAAAGCUCAUUCAAGUCUGGGAGGUAUUCAGAGACUACAGAGUGCAAUGUUUGCUUGCCUGGAGGUCUCCCAGUCUGUAACUUCACAGAUCUCUACACGGGUGAGCCGUGGUUCUGUUACAAGCCUAGAAAACUGUCCUGUGCCAGCCGAAUCAACCAUGCCAAAGGUGGAUAUCUGAAAGGUCUUCUGACACAAGAGGAAAGCCUCUUUUUCCAAAGUGACGUGAAUAUCAAAAGGCCGAUACUCUCCAGUGGACCUGAUUCAGUCAUUGUGGCCAAGGCAUUUACAGAUUCAAGCAGUAUGGGCAGACCUGAAGAUCCCACAGCUUCCCCUUCUGGUUAUUAUUAUGAAGACCAGUGGAGGUCCAGAACACAUUGGAUCCAUAAUUUUAACAAAUCAGAUGAUAUAACUGAGUGCUUACAAGGAAAAGUCAUCCACUUGUUUGGAGACUCUACAAUAAGGCAGUGGUUUGAAUAUUUGACAGCAUUUGUUCCAGACCUGGUGGAAUUUAACCUGGGCAGCCCUAAGAACGUGGGCCCUUUCAUGUCGGUGGACCUGAAGCACAACAUCCUGCUGAAGUUCCGCUGCCACGGGCCGCCCAUCCGCUUCUCCACGGUGUUCAGCAGCGAGCUGCGCUACAUCGCCAACGAGCUCAACAGCAUCGUGGGCGGCAGGAACACCGUCGUAGCCAUAACCAUCUGGUCCCACUUCAGCACCUUCCCCGUGGAAGUGUACAUCCGGCGCCUCAGGAACAUCCGCAGAGCCAUUCUCCAGCUGCUGGACCGCAGCCCCAAGACUUCAAUCGUCAUCAGAACCGCCAAUGUUCAGGAGCUUGGGCCAGAAGUGAGCCUCUUCAACAGUGACUGGUAUUCCUUUCAGCUUGAUUCUGUCAUGAGGAAAAUGUUCUCAGGAAUUGCUGUGCACUUUGUGGAUGCUUGGGAGAUGUCUGUGGCUCAUUACUUGCCGCAUAACCUGCACCCUAAUGAAAUAAUUGUUAAGAAUCAAAUAGAUGCAUUUUUAUCUUAUGUGUGUCCUCUGCAAACUUAGCACAAAUGGGUGUCCCUACGUCACCUUUUGCUAUAGCCCAAGUACAGUUGCUCUUUUGAGCUGUGGAAUGAGGCUGGAUGAUAUGGAAGAACUCUGGGUACUGUACUUGCACGCAGGAUAAGUAGGGUGGCCUUAAAGUCUGGGCAGCUGUGAAAGGGUGGUAAAGAGGCGUUGACUCUUCAGGCUAUAUCUUCCUGCAAGGUUGAUUCUUUCAAGCUUAUAAUUCAUACCUGAGAUUAUUACAGAGCACCUUAAAUUAAAUUGGCAGGAUUCAAUAAGAGACUAUUUGGGUUAUUAGCUUUACUAGUUAUCUGCACUGUAUGCCUAAUUUAAUCUGUGUGACACUGAUUCUGUUGCCAGGGUCUUGUUGCUCAGUGUGUGAAACCUGGGAAGGAUUUUGGGAAUGGUCUUUCUCUUAGCAUUCCAGAGCUUAUGGGAUGUCUCCUCCAGUUGUGUGUCAGAGAAGCAUAGUGUCUGUUCUUGUUUCAAAGUCCUAAUUAGAAACAUGAGGACAGUGUACCAAAGUCACCGAUAAAGAAGCACAAUCACAAUAUCUGUAGAAUUAAGUCAUGAAGAAUUUGCUGAAAUUUAACUGAGCACCCUAGUUAGGUACCUUUGUUGUUUACAGACGGCUGCUAAAUAGUGCAAAUAGCUGGUAUUUAGUUUGGUUUCUUGUACUACUGAAUUUCUUUUGAGCUUUGAUGCAGUCUACUUCUUGAUUUGUCAUUAGUGAGGAUAUGUGUGUUUAUGACCUCAGUGAAAAGACUGUCUCAGGCGGUUUCUGCAAGUUCAAGUUGCAGGCUCGCCUACUUGAAGCUGAAAGCAUUUGCCAGUGAAAAUGUUUCAUUUACCAGUGAAAAUGUUUCAUUUACCAGUGAAAAUGUUUCAUUUACCAGUGAAAGUGUUUCAUUUGCCAAUGAAAGUGUUUCCAUUGCCUGCCAGCUGCAGCUGUUCCCUUGCGGUCCUGCGCAGGCAGGCUCCCCAUAGUGGCUCUGAUGUGUCCCUCACGCCGAAUCAAGACGGGGAGGCCAAGUGACCUGAGGACCCCUGGUGUGCUUUGGCACUGGUGGUCAAGGCCACACAAUGACUCCUCUUCAGGGUCUGGCACUUGUGUCAUUUCUUCAUGAACCUCACUGCUGCCAGUAUAACAGGUGGAACACCCUGCACCGAACAGCCAAGCGUGCCCAGGGCUGCCUUGAUCUAUCUGCUUGGCGCAGACCCAGGUUUGCUGGGCUGACAGCUGGUGGCUCCCUGCCUCCUGGCCUGGCUUUUACUGCUGCUUACUUGAUUGAGCCUGUCUACAGUUUUAACUAGAAGCACUUAGAAAACAGUUUGUAAUAAAGUCAACUCCCAAAUUAAACAGCAGAGAAGUGUUCCGUGCUGUCUUAUCUUUGGUCUAGGCCAAAGCCAGUCUUCACUGGCUUGUGUCAAAACCAAGCUGAGUCUUUGUGAGCAAACUGAGAAGAUGAAUAAGGCAAAUUGGCAGGUUGCACAGAGUGAAAUUAUCAAAAUGUCUUUAUGUUAGAAAAGUUUCACUCCUUGUUAGGGUUGCUGCUCUCCUAAGGAAGUUUGCGCUCUUAUUGCCAGAGCCCUGGGAGAGCCAAUGCUGCCAGCUACAGCAACAGUGCUCCUUAUUGUGUUCAUUUUAAAGGGCAACUGAGAAGUGGUUUAAAAACAAAUAUAAAUAAUUUUAGCAUGUAAAAGGCAUCAGUACUAUCCAUCUGUAAACUUUACAAUUUAAAAAUGUUUAAACAUGUCUGGAGGAAUUGUGUACACUGAAAUAGCACCUAUUCUUAGCUUUUCAAAUCACAGUUAAGAGGUCCAAUUUGCUGGUUCCUAGUGACAACUGCCUCACACAGCAUCUGCCCAUACAUUAGUGUUAGGUAACUAUUGCUUACUUUAAUAUGGUAAUGGCAAUUUAUCCUCUGCUAAAAAGAGGCCACACCAGUUCAGUUCUGGGAAAGUAAACUACCACAAAGAAAAAUGAACUUUUAUCUUUUCCAGUUGUGAUUUUUAUAAUAGGUAAAGUCUUUCAUCCUGAAUAACAACUCUAUCCUAAUAAUGCUCAUGGAAAUAGGACUUCUGACUUCUUUGAAGGAAACUACUGAAUUUGUGGACUGACCAUUAGGUUUAACUCAUAAAGCCAUAUUGUGUGUGAAAAUGUUGUGGCUGCAUGCGUCUUCUCUGGGUGUUGUAGUGCUUGCUACUGCUCCUCAACAGCAGCUUUAUAUCACUGUUAGCUACCAAGCACAGAGAGAGAAGAAAAUAUUCUUUUGAGUACUUUGACAGUUGAGGGAAAGAGAACAGAACUGCUAUUAGAAAAGGUGUCUAAUUGCCUUCUGGUAGAACCUCAGCCUUUAGAUUAAUUAGAUUAAUUUUUUAAUAACAGAUGAACUAACUUAUUGGUAAUGAACUUCAGGGAAAUUGCCAGUUGGUUUAGAAUGAGGGUCAAGAUUUUAUUUUUUUGGGCUCUGAAAUAGACAAGGAAGAGAAAUGAAGAAUCUGAGGAUUUACCCAUGUUUGGGGACACUGUGCUUUUAGAUGUCAUUCAGGUGAUCUAUGAAUGGUUUUUCAUUUCUCUUCUCAUCUUGUUACCAUCUAUCUCAUGUAUGCGAUAUGCAAACACAGAAGCAAUAAAAUAUUUUUAAAUCAGUUUCUUUAAACUUCUAAAUGGAUUUUAAUAGGAAAUGUGAAACAGGACUGGAAAGGAAAUUUUCAGCAUCUGUUAAGUAUCUUCCUCAACACAUAAAAAAUUAAUUCGCAAGGUUUUCAAAGCCCUGUCUUCCCUUUCUGUGCAUUUUCUUCCUUUGAAAGGAAGACUUAUUAUUUUUUAUAUUUUCAUUAUUGUACUGAUCAUUUUGAUUAUUAAUCUUUCAUUAAAUAUUUUUUAUUUUUAAAUUUCUUCAUUCAAAAUCCAGCUCUCUCAAAUUCCAGUGAAAGAAACUACUUUUAUUGUUUUAUUAGAUUUCAGAGUAAUUUAUUUAUAAAGUAAGUAAACUCAAUUUUAUAUAUAUUAAUGUUGCACUGUAACAUUUUGAGAGUCUUGUUUCUCAUGUGUAUCUUCUUAGGCUGAUUUCUUUCUUCUAGAAAUUUAGUAAAAAUGUUAGUUGAAUUGUUGAUGAGAAGGGAGGAUAAAAAGCAAAAGCUUCCCUUUUUUCAAGUUUUCAGUUGCUUCUAAUUUCAUCUGCAAAUGUAAGCACUGCUUCGUGAGAUUUAAAUUACCAUUUUUCAUUGCUUUACUUGUUAUAGGUAAGCAAUUAAACAUGGAAACUUUGCUUACCACAAGUGUCUGUACAACUUUUUAUGUACUGCAGGUGACAAUUUCAUGACAAAGACCAAGGUUUGAAGUUGCCCUCUAGAGGGGUGGAGGAUACUGGGGUUUUGCUUUGGUUUUGUUGCAGAAGUGUGGGUUAGAACAUUCUUCCAUUCAUGACAGUUUAAGUAACAGCAAAAAACUUCAGUCACAAAUGUGUUUUUCAUUUAUAAAGCACUUACUCCUUAAGUCCAGAUAAUUUAAUGUAUAUUUAGACUGUUAGGAAGGCUCUUACUCUCUGUUGGGAGCAAUGAAGAACUCUGUAUGUUAGAGAAAGAACUUGUUUUCAAAGAACUUGUUUUUUUUCUAAUAUAUGUAUGUUAUUGUAAUGUUUACAAUAUACAGAAGGCUCUACUGUCUUGUUUCCUGAUGUCAUCAGAAAAACAAUUUAAAUAGCCAAAAAACUCGGAGAAAAGCAAAGUUCCUAAUAAAGAGGGCAAGUUUACUUGAACCAUUUAAUCUGAUUUCGUCUCAGUUUAUCGUUUGCUGUAACCAUGUCCUUUA